UAAAUAUUAUAAAACAACCAUUACACUAUACACGUGAUUCACCAUAGAAACUCUCAACUUAUUUGGGGCACAGUCAUCACUAUAAUAAUAAACAAAAGAAAAAGAUACAAGAACAAAAAAGGACCAUUGAAGCCUAGUCCACUAACACAGUCACAGCCCCCUAAUUAUUAUAUUAAAAAGCAACAAAAAACUAUCAAUACCAGAUUGAUCACUGUGUGCUCAACUUGGGUUUUUACAAUAGUGAAACUCACUAACACAGCUUUCUAUAUAUAAUCAUAUAAUAAACAAACUAUUGUCCUACUAAUAAUCAUAUAAUAUACAUAUCUGAAUUAAUUUCAAACGGCUUCCCUUCACUCUUGUUCAUCAAACUAAAUUCUUAGCUUGAAUAUAAUUUGCUCUCUCUAAGUGUCUCCAUUGGUUACCAAACAUGGCUGUUGAACUAGUUGCUGGUGCUUUGCUAUCUUCUUCACUUCAGGUCUUGUUUGAACGAUUGGCCUCUGUGGACAUACCCCGGCUGUUCCAGGGAAAGAAAGUGAUCUUGGAUCAGCUAGAUGAGCUGAACACUGUGUUGUUAUCAGCUAAUGUACUGCUCAAUGAUGCUGAGGAGAAGCAACUUCGAAACGAUGAGGUUAGGAAGUGGCUGUUCAAGCUUCAAGAUGUCAUCUAUCAAGCUGAUGACUUGCUCGAUAGGAUUGACUAUGAAGCUCUAAGAUCCAAGCUCGAAGAUGAUCAUCAGUCUGGAAGCAGUAGCGCCAGCAAGGUAUUUAGCCAGAUGAAAUCUUUGUCAUUUUUCAUGUCUGAAUUUGAUAAAUCUGUUAAGCUUGAUUCCAUGGAGAUCCUUCGCAAGCUGAAGAUUCUGGUUGAUCAAAAGGAUGCUCUUGGCCUGAGAGAAUUAGGUGCACUCAACAAACCUUCAACAAGGCCGCUUGCUCCUUUGGUGGAGGAAUCUGAUGUUUAUGGGAGGGAUGCUGAAAAACAACUCAUUGUUGAUCUGUUGCUAACGGAUGGUGUUGAUGGUAGUAACAAGAUUUCUGUGAUCCCGAUUGUCGGGAUGGGUGGUGUGGGAAAAACCACUCUUGCACAACUUGUUUAUGAUGAUGAAAGAGUUCAAAGUCAUUUUGAGCUAAAAGUAUGGGUUACUGUGUCAGAUGAGUUUAACAUUUCAAAGAUAACAAAAGAGCUCUAUGAAGGAGUCACUGGCCACAAAUGCGAUACUCAGAGCUCUGAUGAACUAAUCAGAAGGAGACUGAAGGAAGCAUUGAAGGGGAAGAAGUUUUUGUUUGUUCACGACGAUGUGUGGAACGAGUCUUAUUCUUUGUGGGACAGUUUGAAGAGUUGUUUUGAGUCUGGAGCAAAUGGAAGUAAAAUUAUUGUGACUACCCGAAGCACAGUUGUUGCCUCCACUAUGGCCACUGGACGUGUUCAUCAUCUACAAACUUUGUUGGAUGAUGAUUGUUGGAAAUUAUUUGUCAAACAUGCAUUUGGUAAUAAUUUUGAUGAGAACAACUUUGAAGAGUUGCAAGCGGUUGGCAAAAAAAUAGUGGGCAAGUGCAAAGGUCUUCCGUUGGCAAUAAAAUGUCUUGGUGGAUUUUUACGUGGUGAACGAAAUGCUGAAAAAUGGGAGGACAUACUCUAUAGCGACACAUGGGAGGAGUUGUACAAGAAGGAGGGUUCCAUUCUUCCAGCUUUAUGGUUGAGCUAUCGUCACUUACCUACACAUCUCAAGCAGUGCUUUGCCUAUUGUUCCAUAUUUCCUAAAGAUUAUGAAUUUAAAAGAGAAAAAUUGAUUUUGUUAUGGAUGGCUGAAGGGUUUCUGCCAAUGGAUACACAAAGUAAAAAGAUGGAGGAAUUUGGAAAGGAAUACCUUGAAGAUCUCUUAUCAAGGUCCUUCUUUCAACAUUCAAGUAGUAAGUGGAAUGAAUCCCAACUCCAAAUGCAUGACCUCGUACAUGAUCUAGCCAUACUUGUAUCAGGUGAUUUUUGUUCCAGAUUAGAUUUGAGCAAUGAGUUAAUUAAAUGUUCAACAAAUGUUCGUCGUAUGUCAUUUAAGGGAAGCAAUCAAAAACUUAACAAGCUUAGCAGCUUGAGUAAAGCUAGUUGUUUGCGUACCUUUAUAUUAUUGCCAUCUUGGAUUCAAGAAAGACCAGUCUCUAAAAACUACUCAGUCCUCUUUGAGAUCUUGCUUACAAAGGUAAGUUGUUUAAGAGUGCUUUCUUUAAGUUGGGCUUCUUUUAAGAAGUUACCUGAUUCAAUUGGUAGUUUGAUACAUUUAAGGUAUUUGGAUUUGUCCAGUACUAAAAUUGAAGAGUUACCUGAUUCAGUUUGCAGUCUGUACAAUUUACAAACUUUAUUGCUUUCACGGUGUGAAAAGCUUACUCAGUUACCAAAGAAAAUGGGAAGCUUGAUCAAGUUGCGUUACUUAGAUAUUAAAGGUGUACCUCUGAAAGAGUUGCCAAAAGGAAUCAAUGAGAUGAAAUACUUGCACAUCUUACCAAAAGUAGUAUUGUGUGACAAGCAUAACGAUGAUGUAUUUAAAAUUACAGAGUUAGCAGAUGCUGAACAUCUAUGUAGAGAGCUUGAGAUUUCUGGCCUGGAAAAUAUUAAUGAUGCAAUGGAGGCUUCAAAGGCUAAUUUAAAGGUUAAGAAGGACCUUAAGACACUAACUUUGAGGUGGAACAAUGAUGUUGGGGUUGAUAGUUCGAAAAAGGAACUAGAUGUACUUGAAGCACUUCGACCCCAUACAAACUUGGAGGAUCUUGAGAUUGAAAGUUAUAGAGGUACAACAUUCUCGAACUGGAUUACUGAUUAUGCGUUUUCUAAUUUAGUAUCAAUCAGUUUGAAAGAUUGUAAAAGCUGCUGGUUUUUGCCACCACUCGGACGACUACCUUCUUUGAAAGAUCUCACAAUUGAAGGAUGUGAUAGUGUGCUGUCAAUCGGUGAUGAGAUUGAUAGCUGUGGUCCUCUAUUCAGUUGUUUAGAAAGUUUAAGUAUAAAAUAUAUGUUGAUGUGGAAAGAAUGGUCAUUUGGUAAUGAAGCUAUUCUUGAAGAAGGUCAAAUAUUAUUCCCUCGUCUUAAAAAACUGAGUCUGUAUAAAUGUCCAAGGCUUAACAUUGGCUUGCCUUGUUACCUUCCAUCAUUAGUACAUCUAGCUAUCUAUGACUGUGAGGAAAUGGAGGUUUUGCUUCCGAGAACUAUUCAACAGACUGUCAUAGCCCCACUAUCUCUUAUGGAGAUAGUAGAUUGUCCUGUGUUGGAGUCACUUCUAGAUUGGGGAUCACACUCCGUAGUAGAGGAGAUUUGGCUAUGGAGAACAAAAGCUCUUUUUGAGAACCGUAGUAAAUGGGAUCUACAGAGACUCUCAUGUUUGAGAUUGUUAAAUAUCAAUGGAUGGGAAGAUGAAUCGUUUCCUGAGGAAGGGCUCCUUCCUAUCACUCUUGAUGCAGUUGGAAUCCAACAUUGUAGCAACCUUGAAACCCUCAACGGAAAGGCCUUUCAACAACUCACAUCCCUCACUCACUUAUAUAUUAGUAAUUGUGAAAGGCUGCGGUGCUUGCCAGAAGAAGGGCUGCCUGCUUCCCUUUCUAAAUUAGAUAUACUGGAUUGUCCUUUGGUAAAGCAACGGUGUGAGAAAGGAGGAGAAGAUUGGCCUAAGAUUCAACACAUCGAAGAUGUAUUUUUGUAUUCAUCAUGCAUGUAGUUGGAAAAUCAGAUUUUGAUAUUGAUGGUUGGAAUGUGUCUUAUUCUUUGUGGGACACUUUGAAGAGUUGUUUCGAGUCUGGAGCAAACGGAAGUAAACUUAGUGGGACGAUGAUCUUUGGCAAUUUAUUAGUCAAACAUGCUUUU